AGGUCAGCUCCGGCCCUUCCCUAGAGGGGAUGGGGCAGAUGGGCCGGGGCGGGGGGAGGGGAGAGCGGUGACCAGCGCUCUCAGCCGGUGGCUCGGGCUGACGUGGAGCCGCAACCCCCGACAGCUCGACGCUCACAGCGGCCUGCUGCGGGAGCGCCUCUGCGCCCACGCGCUUCCUCCCCGCCCCGCUGCCUGCUCCGGGGUUUGUCCGCAUUGGGACGGUUCCUGUCUGUCCUCCAGCGACUUAGCGGAGGCGAUGCGGGGCGCCGUGCCCUGGUCCGCGCGGACCGCACAGUCACGGGCAGCGGCGUCUGUGCCGGCCAGGUGGCCCCGGGCCUCCACAGGGAAGUUACCUUUAAAUCCACCCACUGUCAUGGAUGAGCUGGGAGAAGAUGACAUCUAUAUUUUGAAUCAUGAAAAAGCAGAUGGUACUCACAGAAGAGAGAAAGAGAUUCCUGUUCCAGCAUAUGCAGGGGAUGAGUCCAUUGCUUCACAUUUUGCACUUGUCACUGCUUAUGAAGAUAUCAAGAAACGACUAAAGGAGACAGAGAAGGAGAACUCCUUCUUAAAGAAAAGAGUAAGACUCUUAGAAGAAAAGCUCCUUGGCUCCCGUUCGGAAGAAGAAAGCAGCUCAGUUGGACGUGAGCAAGUAAACAAGGCCUAUCAAGCCUAUCGAGAGGCCUGCAUUGACAGAGAUAAUCUGAAAGGCAAACUGGAUAAAACGAUAAAAGAGAAUACAGAGUCCUUGAAAAUCUUGAGUGAGCAGUUGCAGUCUAAAGAAGUGGAGCUCCUACAACUGAGAACUGAAGUGGAAACUCAACAAGUGAUGAGGAAUCUAAACUCUACUCCAUCUAGCUGGGAAAUAGAGAAGCUGAAUAGUGACCUGAAAGUGCACAGUCUGGAACAGGAACUAGAAAAGCUGAAAAAAGAAUGCAACGGUCUCAGAAAAGAACUGCAGAAGGACCAGGGUCAGGAAUUAAAUCUGUUAAAUGGAGACCUCCUCCAAAAAGAAAAUAUUCAGAGGACUGAGAUGUGCUCGGGUGAAGCAUCUGAUUCGAGGGAGCAUGUGACCAGGAAGGGUUGGAUGCAUAGGCUAGAAGAAGAGCCUGCUAGAAAAGACUGUCGUCUUCUUAGACUGAGAGACACCAGGAUUGGGAAAAGUUCUGGUGAAAAUGUGCAGCAAGCAUACUGGGAACUGAAGAGGGAAAUGUCUAACUUGCAUCUGGUGACUGAAGUGCAAGCUGAGGUUCUACGAAAAUUGAAAACCCCAACUGCAACCAAGAAAGCGUCUACUUGUGCACCAGUACAAUGUGUUGAAGACGUGGAGAAGAACCUCACAAAGUUAUAUUUGACUUCUUCUGGGGCAGUCUACAAAAAAACCUCUCUUUCACAAAAUGACAAACUUCUCUGCAAUGCCAUAGCUCCCCCUCUCUCAAGAGAUGUAAAAAUCCUGUCUGAACAGGCAAAUCUCCAGUCGUGGACAGAUGAGAGACCCAUGGCGAUUGGCAGCACCACCUGUCAUGAACAAAACUCCUAUGGAAAGAGCUCUCUGGAAGAUAAUUCCUGGGUAUUCCCAAGCCCUCCAAAACCUAGUGAGACGAUGUUUUGGGAAAUGAAAAAUAAAUCCUCUUUGUCAAACUAUCCAAUAGAUUACCUGGAUCAGUGUAAUCAAAACUGCCUGCACAAGAGCUAAGUAGUUUCUGAGAGAGACUGGGGCUGGUUCUGAAUAGGCACCUGAGUGCUAGAAUUUUUUUAAAGAGAAAAGUAGUUAGCUGAAAUGUGGAGGUAAUAUUUUUUGUCUUGUUCCAAGAUGGGUGGCCUGAUCACUCAUUGCUGUAGAUCAGGACUAAAUCAAAGGAGCUACACUGGUAAUACAGGUAUAAGCAAAUCAGAAUCCGGCUCUAAAUGCUUGGUCCUCUUAUACUGAACAGGACACACACUUGCAAAUAUUACACAGACUGAAUAUUGAACUCUUGGAAUAAAUCAAAAUAAUACAGCUCCGCAUUUCAGUUCGCUGUAUGUACGUAACACUGCUCAUAAAGGCAUUUGGUAUCCUGUGUUAGAAACCUCUAAAAGCUGUGAGCUUACCUCUGACAGAAGUGUCUUUCAGAUAUGGAACUCUCAGGUAAAGAAUGGAAUUGGAAUGUUAUUUUUACCCCCUCUGGUUUAGGAACAGUCACUGGAUUUAUAAUGUGUGAGAGAUGCCAGGAAGAAAGGUGAGAUUUAUAGGAUUUUUUCCAAAAUCAUGUUUAUGUAACAUGUAUAAACCAAAACUGUAAGGAUACACUGUUUCGAUGGCACCUUUUCUUUGGCAUUACUGUAAGUAUUUAAAGAUCAUACAUGGAUGCUGCUGAAAGCUGUAAUUCAUGGACAUAGUUUUUAUUUUUUUCCACUGAGAAAGGAAAUUGGUGCCUGUUAUAGAAUCACCCUAACCAAAAUGCAGUGGUCUUUGUGUGCCUCCAGUUGUAUAUCACCAAAAUCUUCACUUUAACUGUGAUUUCUAAGGCCACCAACUUUUUUUUGUCGCAGAAACAGAAGCCUUAAUUUGAGCAGCUCAGAUGUUAAGUGUCAGUGUUCGAAAUACACAACUGUGCCAUAUCAGUAGUGUUUUUCAUCUGUUGUAUAGAAAACUAAAGUGUUUCAAAUUAUAAAUUUGCCAACUUUUACACAGUUUUGUCCAUAUUUUGAUGUAUGUGGUUAGCUGGUAUAAAGAUAAAUGUCUCUUUAAACCAAGGAAGCUUCUAGGCAGUUAAGUCUUGCUCUUUGGUAGAGCAGUUUUAGAACCAUUUGGCUUCUUACACCAGGUUUAAAGUGAAAUGGUUGAAAUGUACAAUACUUUGAGGAAAAUUCUACAUUGGGUGUUUCAUAUUCUGAGUGAAUGUAAAGUUUAAUUGGUAGUAAAAUGAUCAGUAUUGGUAAUUGUUCCCUGUAUACAGGGAACAAGCGACCAAUUCACCUUGAGGUCAAUGUAAAGAAAAAAUGGAUUUCACAACAGUUGAGCAGUAAAAUAUACAAAAAGCGAGUAACUUCUGUAGGAAAGUUUAUGGCUGCAUUAGUCACAUCAGUGAUGUACUAUUAAAAGUAUGAUGAAAUGUGGGCACUAUGACUUAUGUGGGUCCACUACUCCCCCUCCCCCAUGCAUUCAGUACUUCAUAUAUCCAUCUCCUUUUUAUGUAUUGGAGUUUUGUCUGUCUUUAAGUCAAAAGAAUGUCUUUGAUACCAUCUAUUUUAUUAGAGAACAGCAUACAUAAAUAAUAUGCCUACCUUUCACCAGAUAUGUUUUUAUCUUUCUGUUAUCUUGCUCACGUAUCCUGGUUUGUCUGUGAUUAAUGGAAAUAGUGUCAGAUGCUGGAAUUUAUUCUGACCAGUGAACAUGACUGACUCAAGGGAGUACAAGCUCUUGCAAAGUAAUAGAACAAACCCCAAUAUGCAUAAAACAAAUCCAAGUCGCUAGGCUUUAGCUGAUAGAACCAACUACCUGUGUAAUAACAAAGCACCAGAAACUAUUUCUCAUGUGGCUGCAUAAUAUAUUGUAUCUAGUUUUAAUGUAAUUUACUGGGUUUACUCCCUUGGUUAUAAAGAUUUUUGGUAAGUUUAAUGUAUUCAACAGCCAUCAACCUGAUUAACAGUUGGAAUUAUGCAAGGAAGGAAUCCUGUUGUGUAAAAUUUUAAAUAAAUUUAUUUUUGUUUGAAAUGGA